AUGAUCCGACAAGGCCGUGCGCUUUGAUCUGCCGGGGCGAGCAAUCCUCGGAGAACACCGAGACACGGUUGAGACAGGAAACGUCCGCGGAGAAGAUGCUUCCGCGCGACGCCACCGAGGCUUUGCAGCUCGACAGCGACGAGACCAUCGUCGUGCAGCUAGCUGACAAAGUAGAGGACGGCACCAAAUGCUACACAGACGGCACCGACGUCUGCAUCGCCGGCCAAUGCAUGAAGGUCGGCUGCGACUUGCGAGUCGGCAGCAACAAGAACACGGACGCGUGCGGCGUGUGCGGCGGAAAUGGAUCGAGCUGCCAAUCGCGGUACUCCUGGAGUUUGGAAUCGAUAUCGGCCUGCUCGAAAUCAUGCGGCGGAGGAUUCAAGCUGGCAAUGGCGGUGUGCAAGAGCAUGCCAGACGAGACCGUGGUGGACGACAGCUAUUGCGAUCCGGACGGCCGACCGGAGACGACCCGGAUGCCGUGCAACACGCACCUCUGCACAGCAAAAUGGGUAGCCGGCGAAUGGAGUAUAUGCAGCGCAAGCUGCGGGGGAGGAUCCCGGACCAGAGCCAUUUUCUGCACGGAGGAGAACGGCAAUGAGACUACAAAGCUGCCCGACCACAAGUGCAGCGGCAUGCACAAGCCCCGCAACCAGGAGACCUGCAACACCAUCUCCUGCCCCAUGUGGGAGACCAAUAAAUGGAGCGAGUGUUCUGUGACCUGUGGCACCGGCACCAAGAUGAGGACGGUCGAGUGCAGGGACGCUGUUGGUUCCAUCUCGACGGACUGCGACCCCGCUGAACGGCCGCACACCGAGCAGGAGUGCAAAACAAACAUCGCCUGUCCGAUAUACGGCGAGGAGAUGACUCAACCCCUGAUGCAGCCGUACCCGCCCCCGCCGGUCUCGGAGAAGCUAAUCGACCAGCCGAUCCCGUCGGAAUCCACAUAUACGAUCUACUUUGCCUGUGGCUGGUUGUAUCUGAGGUUCAUCGCCGACGAUUGGUCGCCGUGCAGCGUCACCUGCGGCGAGGGGAUCCGGCGUCGCGACGUACGCUGCAAAAUAUUCCUCGAGUUCAGUCGGACCAUCGCCGAUCUGCCGGACCGGCAGUGCUCCGGCCCGAAGCCGAUCGAGACCGAGAAAUGCGUGAUGGAUCCAUGCGGAAUAAUUGAGAACAGCCUCUCCUACGGCAUCGACGCGGUUGGCGACAGCGGCUACGCCGAGCCCAGCCUGACGGACACCUACAGAUCGUCCGCGGGCAGCUCCGGUGGUGGAUACGAGUCACGGAUCAAGGUCGCCGCCGGGAGCGACGUGCAGACCACCUACUCGUGGAAGGAAGCUGGCUACGCGCCUUGCAGCGCCACCUGCUUGGGAGGUGUGCAGGACUUGAUAAUAAAUUGCAUACAGGACGACACGGGCAAAACCGUGAUACCAUUGCUGUGCACCGCGGAGACCAAACCGGAAGCAAGAGUAAGGGUUUGCAACGAUCAUCCUUGUCCUCCGAGAUGGAAUUUAAGCGAGUUUUCGACCUGCAUGAGCCCGUGCGGUCUCGGAAUACAAACGCGAUACGUCACCUGUAUACACGAGGUGACUAGAGGAUCCACAGGUAAGACGGUGCCAGUGCCGAACAAGAUGUGCCCGCAGCCACCGCCGGCCGACAGACAAUACUGCAACGUGUUCGACUGUCCCGUGAAAUGGAAUGUCGGAAAAUGGGGCAAGUGUUCCAAAACUUGCGGGGGAGGCGUGAUGAAACGGAAAGUGUCGUGCGGCCAAAUAAUGGCCCAGGGACGUGAACAAAGUCGAGAGGAUCGCGAAUGUUCGUCGCAGAAACCAGCCACCGAGAGGCCCUGUAACACCAGAGCCUGUCACGACAUGGACGCUGGUUCCUUGCCGAUCAUUUCCAGUCAGAACACCACGUACAAUCAAACCGAGCUGAACGCGAAAGUGGAUCUGAAGAUCGGCGGUACCGCGAAAGUCUUUCAAGGGACGCAGUUCAUCAAGAUUCGAUGUCCCGUCAGGAAGUUCGACAAGGCGCAGAUCAUAUGGACUAAGGAUAAUAAAGAAUUAAGGAAAUCGAGGAAGUACAAGAUCAGCAGGAAGGGAGCAUUGAAGAUAAACGACAUCACGGCAUCCGAUUCCGGUGUUUACGCGUGUUUAGCGGGAAAUUCGCACGCGCAGACGCAGCUUAUCGUAAAAUUUCGCACGAAAGAGCAGAUCAGCAGCGAGGAGUAUUUGCGAUUAAGUAAUUCCGUCUAUCUUCAACGAAACGCGAACUUGGACUCGGCGCCAGCGAAUUCGGGAGAAAGUUUGUACACCGAUCGAACAGCCGCCUACGGGAAUCGAUUCAUUCCGAUCGACAGCGAGGAGAUCAAUCCGAACAACAAGCCCACGAAGAAGCCGCAGAAGAAACAAAAACCUAAUCCCACGCCACCAGAUUCGACCGACUUGCGCAAAGAGCAGACAGUAACUUCUCAGAAUCAGGAAUACUGGCCGUUCCAAACCGAGUCGUCCGCCGGCAGAUCCCACAGGACAGCACCGGUGGCGUUCGUCGACGACACCCGGAAAGAAGCCGCACCAACGAAGCACACGCAACCGCGUUACCAGAACAUGGAGGACAAUCUGGACACUCUAUACCGGAACACCGCGAUCCCAGACGAAACGUUCGGCCCCGACGAGGAAAGGAUAUUCAUCGACGUGGAUCCCUACGAUUUAGACGACACGAUGUUCGGACUGCAGCACAGCGACCCGGUGAAGAUCACGCCUGCCGCCGGCAAAGAGACACCACCGGUGACCUCGACGAUCUCCGACAGCGACUACGUGGUGGAAUCGCUGAGGAACGUGAAGAGACAAUGGCAGGACGCGUCGUCGGACAAAGGGCACGCGAUCACAACGCCGAAGGAGCACGCUAAAGACGCCGUAGUCCCGUCGACCGUCGCCGACGACAUCGGAUUGGAGGUGUUCUACAUUCCGGACACGAGUACCAAUCGCGGGGAGACCCGUGGCAAGGAGUCGGACCGCGGGCAUCGUGCUAGCACCGAGAUAGAGCACGUCUUCUCCACGAUGUCCUUGAAGGAGCUGGAAGAGUCGCAGAAGAAGCCCGACAGCAGAGAGAAAGGCGUCUCGAAUAGAACCGAGGACUACGCGGAGGAGCUCGAGGAGGAGAUGAAGAAACGGAAGAUUUACUCGGAGAACGACACCGUCGACGAUUCGCUCGCCUGGACGAGCACCAGGGACCCUGAAGAGGACCUCGUCGAGCUGGCGUUGUCCGGCGUCAGGGGGUCCAACGCGUCCGAGAAAGAUCCGGAGGAAAAGGCGGGACCCAUGAACGUCGAGGUUCAGAACGGCUCGGACGAAGAAGCGAUCGACCUCGAAGACAGCGAAGAGAAGAAGAACAAGUCCUUGAACGUCGCCGGGGCGGCCAGCUGUAACACCACUGCGGACGCUUCGCUCGCGACUCUCAGUAUUUUAGAUUCAUCGGAAGACCUGGUGUUCGAAUGGGUGACAACGGAAUGGUCGAAGUGCUCUCAGACCUGCGGAAGAGGUGGAUUUCAGAUACGCGGAGCUCAGUGCACGGUGCGAUCGGGUAAACCAGCUGGAAACUCGACGCGGUCGCAGUCGAGGGUGGUGAUAGGAGACAAACUCUGCGAAGACGCGGGUCACCCGAUGGUCCAGAAGGUGCGGUCUUGCGGCUCCGGCGAGUGUCCUCAAUGGCACACCACCGAGUGGACACCAUGCCAGACGUCCAGAUGCUUCAAUUGGAAGACCGCGAUGCAGAGACGCGACGUUACCUGCCGUUUGGACGAGGACGGGGAGACCGAUCAACAGAACGUCACUCUGCUCGACCCCAGCAAAUGCGACGAGACCACCAGGCCCCUGCAGAGGCAAGAGUGCUACAACGACGCGUGCAAAGGCGUAUGGAGGGUCGGCGAAUGGUCGGAGUGUAUGGCACCGUGCGAGAAAGACGGGAUUAAGUACAGAAUCCUGCGGUGCGUUUGGUUCGGGACGAAGAAACCAGCUGGCAAUGCGUGCAGAGACAUCCCACGACCUCCUGUCAUGAAAACGUGCAAAAGUCCGCCGUGUUCUCAUACACCCGACGACUGCAAGGACCAUCCCCAGCUGUGCACCAGGGAAAGAUCGUUGACCUUGUGCAAGAUGCGGCUGUACCGGCUCCAGUGCUGUCGGUCCUGUCAGCUGGAAGGGAGCCCGGAAUCGGACAAGCCCGAGAAGAGUCGCUAGAAAAUUAUUGUUGUAAACGGAAGGGAUAAACGUUAGGUCGAAAUGUUGACGCGGUGCGAGACGAGCGUUAUAAAGAGCAUGGAUCGAACGUGUCCGAGGAUUCAAGUGUUCGCGGAGAGAACGCGAUGGUUGGCGGGAGGGGUUGAAACCGAGUCGAAUCAGACCGCCCCCCUUCCCCACACCCUAUCUUGCGUUCCCAAUCUUCGAACACGUUCGUCGGACACUUUCACGAUAUGCGCGAGUUAUUCGAGAAUUCGACCAAAUUACUCCCGCGCUGCUAAUUGUCCCCUCCUCCCCCCCCCUCCCGCUCCCCCGCCCCGAGAAAACCACCACUACUACCCCUCGCACACGAAGCGUAUUCAGCGCGCCGGAUUCUUUCCCGGGCCCCAAUAAGAAUAUGAUUCCUAAUUGUGUGCUAAUUAAAGCUAUAAUUUCCGAACGUGUGUAACGCGUUAGUCUGGCACCGAUCCUAAUUGCGCACGCUCACGCCGCCCCUCGAGGCGGGGGAGGGACCAGAGGGAGUCCUGGCAUUCGUCCAAAAGAGAGAGAGAGAGAGAGAGAGAGAGAGACCGAGAGACCGAGAGGGAGAGAAAGAGAGAGAGAGAGAGAGAAAGAGAUUGAGAAAAGAGAGAUACAAAGUUGAGAGAUUAUAUUGUUGAAGUUCGACGAGAACGGAUAUAGUAGAAAGCGUAAUUGUACGGUGAAAAGACGAGCUUCUGAAGGCUAUUCAAGUGUUAGAGACGAGACUAUUGACGGGGUGCUGGGGCGAACGGAACAUACACGUACACGUACACACUCACACACACACACACACACACACACACACACACACACACAUAGAGUAAAUGCGGUAAUAUGGAACAUCGUAAAAUCUCGAUGAAAAGGUAACGAGCUCUAGAGGCAAUUAUUAUUGUUAUAUAUGUAUAGUAAAUUCUCCCUAAUUGACGCUCAGUUUGUAAAGAAAAUUGGACAAU